CCGAUGCAGAGGUUCCAGUACAUCCAACCAGAACCAAGCAUCAAGACAGACAACGACAGGACCAUCGAGCUAGUUUGGAAAGAGGUGGUGUAGGUUAGCCAUUGAAAUUUCUUGUGGACGUGAUCAUUGUUUUUCGUGAAAAUGAGUUCUAAAGCUGAAAAGGAGAGACAGAAACAAAUUCAAGAUAAAUGCCAAACUCUCUUGACUCAAAUGUUGAGGGAUGAAGAUAACAAAUAUUGUGUAGACUGUGACGCAAAAGGGCCAAGAUGGGCGUCCUGGAAUCUGGGUAUCUUCUUGUGUAUCCGAUGUGCUGGAAUCCAUCGUAACCUGGGUGUCCACAUCUCCAAGGUCAAGUCUGUCAACUUGGACUCAUGGACUCCUGAGCAAGUUGUUAGUUUACAGCAGAUGGGUAACUCACGUGCACGCGCUGUCUAUGAAGCCAACCUCCCUGACAACUUUCGUCGGCCUCAGACAGACACGGCACUGGAAGCAUUCGUCAGAGCUAAAUAUGAGGCCAAGAAGUACAUUGCUCGUGAGUGGGUGCCACCUCCUCUCCCAAAGGUAAAUUGGGACAAAGAAUUAGACGAAGAGGCAGAAAGAGCAAAAAAGAAGAAACGUGAAUCGAAGCUUUCAACAACACCUGUGACGAGUUCAGGCCGAAAAGUGUUGGACAGUGUAAUACCUCAGCCUCUCCCCAAGCCCUCGACCAGUCCUAAGCCACAGCGGACUUCACAGCCUGUCACAGCCACUGCAGCAGUGUCACAACCUUCUGCUGAUCUUCUGGGGCUGGAUACCCCCCUGCAGGAGAGUACACCGGCAGUGUCAAGUGCAGCGGUAGAUGACUUUAGCAGUUUCCUGUCGGCCCCAGCCCCUGCUCCUGCCCCUGCUGCCCCGCCCACAGCUGCCCCCACAUAUCGUUCGGCUGAGGAGGACAGCUUCUUCAACCAGCCCCAACAGGGUAGCCCUGCUCCCUCAGGCAAACUGACCACGGAUAGUAUCUUAGCUCUGUACGGCAAGAGUCAGCCUCCUCCCGUCGCCCCCUCGCAUGCAUUCCCAAUUCAAGGUGGCUUCAUGCCCGUGGCUCCUGGAGCAGGCUUUCAGCAGUCACCAUUUGCUGUCCCCAACGGGAUGAUUCCUUCUACUCAGAUACCUGUUCCUGUCCAGAGUGGAAUGUUUCCCCCUAUGGGUGUGGCGGCACCUCCUACGAACAUUAAUCCAGCAUCGAAUCCAUUCUACAACAUGGCACCCACUCAGCCAGUACCUGUGUCCUACUCGACCGGAACCAGGUUGACUCAGCAAAUGUCAGGACUGAACCUGGGGGUAAAUAUGGUCCCUGCAAACCCCUACCAGCCUACCAUUCCCCCACCUCUCUGGCAGUAACCUGCUCUAGCUGCGAUGUCUCUCAACCCUCGUCGACAAGACGCUGUCAUAUCAUUGGUUCUUCAAAAAAAAUAUAUAUAUAUAAUUCCAUGUUAAUUUCUAUUUAUUGAUACUGUUUAUUUUCAAAUCUAUUUGUUCGGUGCAUAGAUGAUUUUGUUGGUCCUUGACGUUAGUAUGUUUAAAUGUUGAAAGUGGAUGUAAAAAUUAACAAGUAUUUAUAAUAAAAAUUGUUUUUUCUGUACGAAAAAAUAAGAUUUAUACAGCGUGUGCAAUAUGAUGUCUGAUCCUGUUAUUUAUAAUUUACAGUAAAUUAUAAAUUUUAUUACUGUCAAUUAAGUAAUGCUUAUCAUUAAUUGGUAUAUUGUCAAUUAAUGAAUAAAUCGUGUUAAUUGAUUAUUAUA